CUUGCAUCGCCUCUAUUUUCUCGUCCUUUAUCUCUCUGUAUUUCCUGUGAAGACAAACCUCUCUGCCAUGACAAUUCAAUGAGAGGAGAAGACGCCAAGUGAAGGAUCCAUCUCUCCAUCCUCCUGCUGCUGCUGAGAAGAGAAGGAGCGCUCAAGGUAAAAGAGAAGCAGAAAGGAAGAGAGGAGAAGAACGAGGGACAGAAGAGGAGAGGAGAGGAAGGGUAAAGGGCGAUAAACAGUGGAUGGAGGAAGCUCAGACUGAAGCUCCAGAGUGCUCUUCACCACCAACGAAGAAGAAGAGGAACAACAGAGGGAGGGAGGAGAGGAGAUGGAGGCGAAAGGCAGGAACAUGCCCUCAGACAUCAGUUUCCUCCCGCGCCCGGCGAUGGUGUGGUGUGAGCGGGGCAUCCAGGUGCUGCUGACCACCAUGGGGGCGUUUGCUGCCUUCGCCCUGAUGACGGUGGCGAUCGGCACAGAUUACUGGCUGUACGCCCGGGCGUUCAUCUGCAACAGCACGGCCAACUCCAGCCAGGACGAGUCCAACAGCAACAAGGACAAGAAAGACCCCGGAGCUCUGACCCACUCAGGACUGUGGAGGAUCUGCUGCCUCGAAGGUACUGCACCUGUGUGUGUGUGUGUGCGCGCUCUUCACACUCGCCCCUUCUCUUUUUCCUCCUCACUCUCCUCUUCCUCCUCUUCCUCAGGGCUGAAGCGAGGUGUGUGUUCUCAGAUCAAUCAUUUCCCCGACGACGCCGACUACGACCAAGAUGCUGCAGAGUAUUUGCUGCGUGUGGUGCGAGCCUCCAGCAUCUUCCCCAUCCUCAGCGCCAUACUGCUCCUGCUGGGUGGAGUGUGCGUCGCUUCCAGCAGCUUCUACAAGAGCAAGAGGAACAUCAUACUGGGUGGAGGGAUUCUCUUUGUAGCUGCAGGGCUCAGCAACAUCAUUGGAGUGAUCGUUUACAUCUCGGCAGCGCUGAGCGACAUUUCCCCAAAGAAGGAUGAAGAUAAGAAGUGGCACUACUCCUACGGCUGGUCCUUCUACUUCGGUGGCCUGUCCUUCAUCCUGGCAGAGAUGGUAGGUGUCCUCGCCGUCAACAUUUACAUUGAGAAGAACAAAGAGCUGCGCUGUCGUUCUCGCACUGACCUUUUCAAGAGCACAACGCACGCCAUGCUACGGCUGCCCAGCUACCGUUUCAGGCGGCGCUCUCGCUCCAGCUCACGCUCCACUGACCCACCUCGCUCGCCGGAGACCUCGCCCAUUGGAACGUCUAAGACCUUCACUCUGCCACCUUCUGCCCCGCCGUUCUCCGUGGCCACACUGCCCAACCCACACCACACGAGCAGCAGCGGGAGUGGAGGAGGUGGGGACAUCUCUAUGUACACGCUGUCGAGGGACUCAAAGCUGGGCAGUCUCGGCGGAGGCGCUCCGCCUCUCUACGGCACGGUGGACCGUGCCACGCUCUACCAACUCCACAACUACUUCCCGAAAGAUUCCAGUGGAAGCGGCAGUGGAGGAGGAGGAGGAGGAGGAGUGGCGAUAAGCAGUGGCACCCUCCCAUCUCACUCUAAGUCCAACCUGGCAGCAGCGGCAGCAGCUGUGGCACAGAACGCAGCGCCGCUAAAUACGACGACCACAGCCGCGCCGACUCAGCCGGUAUCUACAGCUACCAUGGAGAGAGACCGGGGCAACAUGGGAACCCUGGACCGACUGACGGCAAAAAGAGACAGGGAUAGCAACUCAGAUACGCUCAACAGGAAAACAACGCCAGUUUAAGAGUAAACCUUGGAGGGGGAGUGGUGUGGAAUGGGGAGGGAGAAAGAGGAGGAGACUGAAAAUGCGAAGGUGACACAUCAGCGGUAACGUCUCUGUCCUUGAGCCUAAGGUAAGACUGCCAUAAUUAAUGUCAAUCAUCAUAAACAGUCAUAAAACAUCCAGAAGUUCAUAACAUCUGCCUUAAAAAAGGUCAUGGCCUUUGCUCUGACAGUUACUGUGAGCGUGCAGUGGAGGUUACAGGGAACUUUUCUUUGUUUAAAUGUCUGAAAUACAGAAUUUUUCUGUUUGACAUGUUAGACACGUGUGUUUUCCAGUUAAACCAGUCUCCCUGAGCAGUGCCUUGCUUGGUUUCGGUGAUAAAAGUCUUUUGGUCAAAUCUUUGGUGCAUCUCUCGUCUUAAUGUUAUUAGACUACAGCGUCACUUGACUCUUCAAAAAUGUGGGCACAAUUCUGCCAAAAUUCUGGCUGCAUUCAGCCAAGCCAGGAGCUGCUCAGUGACAAGUUGGCUUUUAAUUCAAGGUCAACAGGCGUGGCCUCAAACCCUGCCGACACACACACACACACACACAGUGGGAGAGUCUGACACACUGUGAGCCUGUUUUAUUUGUUAAAGCGUGUCAAAGGUAAUUACACUGACAGAUGGACAGUCAAAGUCAGCCUGGACCGAUUCUAUCGUAUGACUUUCACUGUCACAGUUCGGUUAAACGUCCAACUAAGCUAGUAACCUGAUCUGCUAGUUGCUAUACAGUAGCUGCUACAGUAGCUGCCACAGCAGCUGCUACAGUAUGUUACUCGCUGCUACUGUAGCCACUUAAGUCAAAGAGUCAUGCUAUUUCAUUUCACAACAGUAGAUGUUAGCUACUACAGUAACUGCAAGCUAGCUGCUACACCAGCUGCUAAACUUAAAGGGUGAGCCUAUUUCAGCUGAUAACUGUAGGUGUUAGCUGCUACAGUAGCUGCUACAGUAGCCGCUAAACUCAAAGGGUGAUGCUAUUACAGCUGAUAUCUGUAGCCAGUAACCUGAUGUGACAUUAAACGACCAAGUAUUUACUGAAUUAUACGGAGCACCGGACAUGACAAUUGUGCCCACGAAAUAGCUAUAACGUGGGCACAAAAUACUACUUUGUGGCCACGAAAUAAGUAUAACGUGUGUACAUUAUACUUAUUUUGUGGCCACAAAGUAGGUAUAAUGUGCGCACAAAAUACUAAUUAAUAAUAUUAUCAUUCCUGGAUACCCGAGUAAGCAAGUCGAGCAGUGUUAUGUUGUUAUUGCCGUACCUGUGCCGGUAAAGAAACCUGCCUCUCAAUAUUCUGUUUAAAUGCCUCUCUGUAAUAAUGGUUCUUUGCAAUGACAGGCUUUUCAGAAUGUCUUUGUAGCUCAUUCUCAGCCUAAAAUAAAAUUCUAUCACACUAUCUCUGUCCAUCGUGUAGUUUUAGCCACUCUACUGCCUCUAACUUUGACCGUAGAGGAGGUGCGCUUGAUUUGCUUACCCAACUGUCCAGGAAUGAUGAUAUUAUUAAUUAGUAUUUUGUGAGCAUUUUAUACUUAUUUUGUGGCCACAAAAUAGUAUUUUGUGUGCAUGUUAUAGCUAUUUCAUGGGCUCAAUUUAUACAUUUUUCUUACCAUGUCAUGUCCGGGGCUCCGUAGCAUUAACGGUUAGACGCAGACGCAGAAAGUCUGAGGUUUUUUUAUUGCCUUAACAGAAAGAAUAACAAUAGGAUUCUGUAAAACUGUCCAAACACAUCCAAGUGCCACUUUCUCCACGAGACUUUGAAUUGCCUGAAAUUGAUGUUGCGGGAUUUGUGUGACUGUUUAUGGUGAUGACCAAACACCUGAAGGCUACAGGGCGUCGAUCGUGCCGUUGAGUUGACGCUGCAAA